GGGACCUGUCCCUUGACUCCACAGCCAGCGCAGGAGACCAUCCCUGGCAUCCUCCGUGGGGUGCAGCCAGGGGCAAUGGAAGGAGCUUCUGGAGCUGGAACCUUGGUAGAAUGCAGAACGCUAGAGAUCACAGCUGCUUCUGUGAUCUCACCACGAGAGGGAGCAAGACUGUUUGGAGGGACAUUUCUUGGAAAAGGAGGAGUGGAUGUGGACAGAGCGAAGAUGGCCGYGAACCAAAAGACCUGGUGGCAGCAAUGGACAGACACCACCAAUGUCAAACAUUUGAAAUUACUGAGGACCAUGCAUGACCCCUUCAUACGGCACGAGGAGCAAGUGCUCAUCAACCGCAGGGACAUCUCAAGUGAAAAGGAUGCGUGGGACAUGCAGGAGUUCAUCACUCGCAUGUAYGUCAAGCAGCUACUGCGGCACCCAGCCUUCCAGCUGCUGCUGGCCUUGCUGUUGGUGGUCAACGCCAUCACCAUCGCUCUCCGCACCAACUUUGUCCUGGGUCAGAGACACUAUCAGUUGUUCUCUACCAUAGAUGACAUUGUGCUGACCAUCCUUGUCUGUGAGGUUCUCCUCGGCUGGUUCAAUGGCUUUUGGAUUUUCUGGAAGGUGUUCUCAGUGUUUGGGGUCACACUCUUUGGUGCAUUCGUGCCUGAGCAUUUCCGGAACAUGGGCGUGGCCCUGUACACUCUCUUCAUCUGCAUCACACAGGACGGCUGGCUGGACAUCUACAGUGACUUUCAGAUGGAGGAUAGGGAGUACACAAUGGAGAUUGGGGCUGCCAUCUACUUUGCCAUCUUCAUCACCAUCGGUGCCUUCAUUGGCAUCAACCUGUUCGUCGUCGUGGUGACCACCAAUCUGGAACAAAUGAUGAAGGCAGGAGAGCAGCAGCAGGAGCAUCGAAUAAUCUUUAGGGAGGUGCAGAAGGAGGAAGACUGGGGUGAUGAGCUGCCAAUCGUGCACUGUGCAGUAGCCCGCUUGGAGAAAUCUGGUGUCCCCCAGGAACCUCUUGAGGGGGGCCCCCUGUCAAACCUCUCGGAAAAAACGUGCGACAACUUUUGCUUGGUGCUUGAGGCGAUACAGGAGAACUUGAUGCAGUACAAGGAGAUCCGAGAGGAGCUUAACACGAUCAUAGAUGAGGUGCGCUCCAUUCGCUUCAACCAGGAGCAGGAGGAGGUGCUUCUGCACAGGCGCCUGUCGGUGAGCACGUCGAUGGAGACCCGUUCCUCUAUAGACGUGUACAGUAUGGCUACCAAGCAAGACUUGCUCUCUGCGCUAGUUACCAGGGAAAAGGUUUAUGAAUCUGUCACAAAUAUGCUGCUUAACAAACAGAAAUUCAGCUAUUGAAACUGCAGGAGGGAGCCGAGCACACACACAGCCAGCUCUGCAGUUUCCUGCAUCCCCAGCAUGGCUUGGCACAGGCUGGCAAGAGCCCAGGCUCUUCUUACCCAGAGGCCGAGGCCCAGGGGCUGUGAGGGUGGCAACCUCUGCACGGCUUGUACCUGUGAGUCCCAGGUCCAGAGGAGCCAGGAUGGAGAAGGAUGCUGGAUGAAGUGGGAGCCCUAGCGGCAAAGAUGCGUGAGAAAGGGGGUACUGGCCACAGUAGCCAGGACUUGGCCUAAGGGUGGGUAUUCCAGACCCCUGUUCCAGCUCAGAGCUGGAUACAGCCUA